GAACGCGGGGCGACUCAGAGCGAUCGCGAAGCGGAGCAGAGCUGAGAUAUCGCGACAGAAGGGGGGGGGGUUGAUCCCGCCGGACCAUAUCGCGACAGAGACGCUGUGAUAGCGGCCGCUCCGCCGCUCGGAUUACCGCUCGUAGGGCUUCUGUCCCGUCCUUUGGAUUAUAUCGCGAUAUGACCCUGGAGGAACUGCUGCCGUGCGACAGCCGCAGGAUGCGCGCGGUGGGAGCGGCGGUGGAGCGGCUGCUGGCGGAGGCGCAGCGCAGCGCCCGGCUCAGCGUGGGGGUGUACGAGGCCGCCAAGCUCCUGAACGCGCCACGGACGAGGAGGACGAAGGGGACAUCGCGCUGCAGAUCCACUUCACCCUGAUCCAGGCGUUCUGCUGUGACAAUGACAUCCACAUCGUGCGCGUGGCCGGCAUGCGGCGCCUGGCGGCUGUGCUGGGGGACCCCGCGCCCGGCGCCGAACCCCGAGACCUCCACUGCCUCCUGGUCACGACCCCGCACGCGGACGCGUGGCAGAGCCACGGCUUGGCCGAGGUGGCCGAUUACUGCGCCGAGAGCCGCGACCGCAACCAGUGGGUGCCGGUGGUGCGGCUGCAGGAACGCUGAGCGGAGGGGACGGCGAGCGGAGCUGCGGGGAGCACGGAGCCGCCCCAGCGCCCCGAGCACCGAACGGGAUUUUUCUGUCCGACCGGAGAGGAACGGAGAGAGCGCCCGGAGCAGCGGUGGGCGCAGCCGUGGGGCCGUGCCCGAGCCCGGGGCGGCCGUGGGGCACGCGGGUCCCGUUUUGGGGGGUCCCAUUGGGGGGUCCCGGUGAGCGCCGGUGUGGAGCGCUCGGUCCCUUGGGUGACGGAGCUGAGGAUGGGUGCAGCCGGACUUUGGCCGGGGGCGGCGCAGCGCUGGUGACGUGGAUGGGGCCGGACUUGUGACGCUGUUUGGUUUGGUUUUUCUUUUUUGCACUCGAGCCACUGGGGAGACCCUGACCCAAACCCACACCCACGACAGAGUCUAUUCUUGUACCGAUGGCAGAACCACUUUUUGUUGUCGUUUUUCUUUUUUUUUUUUUUUUUCCUCCAAUAAAUUU